CUUUCCCCGCGUCCUCUUCCAUCAUGAGCCGGGGAAGCAGCGCUGCUUCCUGCCCGGCCUCGGCGCCCGGAGACGGCCAGGGCAGCGGGCUAGGCCGGCGGGUCUGCAGCAACUGCCGGAAAGUCCUCAGGCAGGAAAAGAAAAUCAGAGUGUCUCUGCCUUUAACAAGAGGACCAAGUGCCUUUAUACCUGAAAAGGAAGUUAUGCAAGCCAACAGUUUGAAUGAACGUAUGCACCUGCUUUUGGAAGAAUAUUCUACAUCGGGACGCCUAGAUAACAUCACCCGGGUCAUGAGCUUACACACACAGUACCUGGAGUCCUUCCUCCGCAGCCAGUUUUAUGUGUUGCGUAUGGAUGGGCCUCUUCCUUUGCCCUACCGGCACUACAUAGCAAUCAUGGCUGCUGCCAGGCACCAGUGUUCCUACCUAAUAAACAUGCAUGUGGACGAGUUUCUGAAGACCGGAGGGAUCCCAGAAUGGCUGAAUGGCUUGGAAUAUGUUCCACAAAGGCUGAAAAAUCUGAAUGAAAUCAAUAAGCUUCUUGCACAUCGCCCCUGGCUUGUUUCAAAAGAGCACAUUCAGCAACUUGUCAAGACAGGGGAAAAUAAUUGGUCUCUUCCUGAACUGGUGCAUGCUGUGGUCCUCUUGGCGCACUAUCAUGCCUUGGCAAGUUUUGUCUUUGGUAGUGGCAUCAAUCCAGAGAGAGAUCUGGAUACCUCAAAUGGCUACAGGCUCAUAUCAGUUAACAACUUCUGUGUCUGCGAUCUUGCCAAUGACAACAACAUUGAAAAUGCAUCCCUCACAAGUAACAACUUUGAGAUCUCGGAUUCUUUAAGUGAGCUGGAGGCUCUGAUGGACAGAAUGAAGAGGCUGCAGGAAGAGAAAGAGGAGGAGGAAGAGGAGGCCUCCCAAGAGGAAAUGGAUACUCGCUUUGAGAAGGAGAAGACUGAGAGCCUCCUAGUCGUCACUGAAGGUACUGCUCCCUGCCUACUUCAGUUCAGCUCCUUUCGUGUCAGUUGGAUUUCAGCAUUUGAUGAUGAAAUAAGUUCCAUAGCAGAUGUUUCCCGCUACGUUGAAGACCCUGGAUUUGGAUACAAAGACUUUGGUAGACGUGGAGAUCUGCCAACAUUCCGAGCCCAGGACUACACCUGGGAAAAUCAUGGAUUCUCCCUUGUAAACAGGCUUUAUUCUGACAUCGGGCAUCUCUUGGAUGAGAAAUUCCGGAUGGUCUACAACCUCACUUACAAUACUAUGGCCACCCAUGAAGAUGUAGACACAACCAUGUUGAGAAGAGCUUUAUUUAAUUACGUCCACUGUAUGUAUGGAAUCAGGUAUGAUGACUACGAUUAUGGAGAAGUUAAUCAGUUACUUGAACGGAACCUGAAAGUUUACAUUAAAACAGUGACCUGCUACCCAGAGCGAACUACCAAGCGCAUGUACGAUGCUUACUGGCGUCAGUUCAAGCAUUCAGAGAAGGUCCAUGUGAAUCUUCUUCUUAUGGAGGCUCGCAUGCAAGCUGAACUCCUCUAUGCCCUUCGUGCCAUCACACGUCACUUGACCUGAAGCACGGAUACAAGAAUGUGAAUGAAGCUUCCAGACAAGAUGCACAGUAAAAAGCUGCCUGCGGCGUAGCAUCAGGUUCUUAGAUUCUCGAAAAGCUGAAGCCGCAUUUCUGGCGGCUGUUAACGUGCAAUGAUCUAUAUCUCUUUAUUUUUAUUUUUUUCUUGAUGCUUAACAUUACUAAUGAUAGCAAAAUAACAUUCUGAGGAACACUACUCCUUAAGUUGUUUCCCUAUGAUAUAUUGGUAACAAACCCUAAGUUGGUUUGUAAUAUUUGGUUCUUUGCUCGUUCUUCUCCCACCCAAAAGAAAAACAUUGUGGUACAGUGUCUCUUUUGAGGUUCUUUUUCUCCCCCAUUCCAUUCUCUCUUUUGAAUGGAAUCCAGCAAAAUAUUUUUCACUUUUUUUUCUCACCCUUCUAGUUAUUUCUAGGAUAUAUAAUGCAGUUUUCAUAAAUGCAGUAGAUACUAUGUUUUAAACUGAACGCCUCCACUGGCUUAUUCUUAGAUUGUUCCUAGAAAUGUAGUAGUUCAGCCGUAGUUUGGAGGUCAUGUUAAAGUUGAUGCAAUUAUUGUCUGCCUUUGUUUUUAAUGUGAAAGGAACUGCUGCGAAAUCUGCGGCAUGCUACUGAGACGCAGCAUUCAAAUACAUGCUUUCUUGAAUGAAGAGGUGUUUACCAUAUCCAUUUCAAAUGUACAUAUAUCAGUUCAGGGACUGCAUUCUCCUCUUUUGCGUACUGCAGUUGCGCUCUCUUCCUGCCUGUAAAGAUGCUUGAAAGGGUAAUUAAAACCCAUUUAGCAAAUCAGCGUAACUUGGAAUGUGUAACCAUUUGCCAGUUUGAUUUAAGACACUUUUUUAAAAGUUUGAAUCCAGCUCUACCCUUUUAACUGUUUUUUAGAUCUGGCAGUUAUGCAGAAUAACAUGCAAGCUGCCUGAUCAAAUGAAAAUUCAUCUACGUGAGUACCUUCUUUUAAAAAAUGAUAAAGAUCUGUCUUCCGCUGAGUCAGAUCACAGGCUCGUUUUAUUUUAGAAUUUCAUUUGGACGCGGGUGAAGAAAGCAGACUGACAGCAGAAGUUGUCUUCAAGAUAAUUUACUUUGGCCACGUGCAGGUGACAAUAUUAGCUAAUGCAAAGACACAAAUCCAGUAGUACAUAAAUUACAGAGGUAAAUGUUUUUUUGCAACUUAUAUAAUACAACAUUGAAUGUAUAUACAACUUAUGUAAUGUGCUCGCUAUGGAAACAAAUGAAUACAGACCACUGGUUAGGAGAACCUGAUGUUCACUUCAUUGUUGUAUUCUCAUACUUUUGCAACUGAGGAAGACCUAAUGUUUUGGAGUACUUGAUGUCCAUUUCAUUGUACUCUUCAUAUUUUUCCACCUGAGGAAGACUUAAGACAGUUGAAACCUGUCUGGAAAUCCUCUAUGUGGAUAACCUCCUACAAGGAAGUGGAUAUUAUUAUUACAGAAUUAUCUUUUCACAGACAGUUUGGCUUAUAAACUUCUACUCACAAGAGAGUAAGGGAUCUAAUGCCCUUAGAAGAAGUCUGCUUUAAAGCAAGAAAUAUUCUACUUUUGUGACUGGUGUAAAAAUCACUGUGUAUAUAACAGUCUUAUGUUCUCUGUACAUCACUCAAUGCUGUAUUAUAUAAGCUGUAUAUACAUUCAAUGUUGUAUUAUAUAAGUUGCAAAAAACAGUUACCCAUGUGAUUUCUGUACUACUGCUUCUAGUGGUUUUGUGUCUUUACGAUUUUGGGAAUCCAUUGUCUUUUCAGAAUGUUAGCUAAUGCCCAGAAAACGCACUGCCACCCUUUGUCUGUAGUGGUUUUCCAAUUUAUCCCAGACGAGCCCCCAAAUAACCCCUAGUCGCUUUCACACUCACCUGGUCCGAUUCCCGGCCAAUGCUCCAGAACUUUAACCCAGCACUCUCUGUCCUGGAUCUCCUGAAGUCUUAAAUAUAGGUUUUUCUCAGCCUAAAAUGCUUUGACUGGAGAUAGCAGAGACAAAACCUAGUGGUCUGUCCCUUUCCUGAAAUGUUUUCUCAUAGACUGUUGCUUUCUACUGGGUCAGACCUGUCGUUCAUCAAACAAAGUGUCAUCUUGUCCACGUUUGCAAGUGGUUCUCCACUUAGGUGAGAACCUUGACUUUAAAAUGCCAGACAAUGUAUGUAGGACCUUUAUUCCAGAGCUAUGGCCACCUGCUAUCUUUUCCCCCCUCUCCUUUUAAAAUUCAAGGUUAUUUAUCUUAAUAUGUAGCUUAAGCUUUGAGACAUUUGAUUCCCAUAUUAUUUCCCCGAAUCAUGGUGUCAGAACACUUUUAAAAAAGAAGCUAUGAAUCAUGUUCAUCUGUGCUGACAUGAGUGAACAAAGAAAGUGCAAUAUUGAGCAGAAAGGCAAGCUUUUUCCUAUUAAAGCCGCUGCUGAAACGUCCUGUUAAAAAAAAAUGGAGGAAAACAUUUUUUUCUUCCCAAGCUUUGUUUGUGUCUAUGGCUUGCUUGCCUUGAACAAUCUGAAGAUGCCAAAGUGUGGCUUUAAAUGAAACAGAGCAUGCUUCCCCAAGCUCUUCGGAAUAUCAUAGAAAUGGAGAAGCUCCACUCAAGCUCCAUAGAAGUGAGUGGUGGAUGUACAUCAGUAGUGUUUGGAUUGCACCCAUUGACAACUGGCAUUGUUGGGAAAGAAAAGCGAGCUGCCAAAAACGCCACCUUUUUGUGUUGCUUGGUUACACUAAUUUCUUUUUCAGACCACAAAAUGUCAGUGUUCUUAUAGCUUUACUUUGUGUUGUCCUUAAUGAUUCAACAAAGUGCCUGAAGAGAAGCUUAUAAACUUAGGACACAAUAAGGACUAUGACGUGGUCAAUUCGCUCCAUGAAAAGUCAGUCACAACUCCUACCCAAAGUCUCAUUGAAAUCAGACCUACUUAAACAUCUGUGAUCUUAUGUGCCACCCGUUUGUGUCCCAUGACAGUCUUAAAAUUCUAUAGGAGGAGCUCUGCUUGUCCAAAAUCCUUUGAGCUCGGGUUAUGUGCAAAUAAAUUUGAUUCCUGGCCUUUUUUAUUGAUUCGUUUGUGACUGACUUCUGUUGGAUUGGUUCAGAUGUUGGGCUUCAUUUUUAUUUUUCCUUAACCUUGACUUCAUCUUUCGUUUGUAUGGAUUGGAAAGGAGGAAAAUAUACUUUUUUUUCAUUCCAGUAAGCUAUAGAAGGCAACAUAAAAUAACAUUGGGUUUUCUGGGAGUAAUUUUAAAUGUAUUUCUUUGAAAAAUAGCCAAAUAAACAAACAUGGACUAGAAUUCGGGGAGGGUUAUAUUGUUGAUGUUUUAAAUUAAUCCCUCUCUUGCUUUCUUCCUGUGUCAAAUAAUUGCUGAGUCAUCAUCAAAUAUCCUUCCACAAAUUGCUGAAAUAGUUACUUACUGUUGUGUAUAGAUUUUCCUUCUGGCCUUAGAAUUGUAGACUGUUUUUAUGUGAAUGUUCAUUGAGGAUAUAUCUGCUCUACAGAUAUUGUUUCCAUCAUACACUGUGAUGUAUUGUUGGAAGGCUUUCAUGGCCAGAACCACUGGGUUGUUGAGAGUUUUCUGAGCUGUAUGGCCAUGUUCCAGAAGCAUUGUCUCCCGACGUUUCACCUGCAUCUAUGUAACCUCACAACCUCUGAGGAUGCCUGCUCUAGAUGUAGGCAAAACAUCAGGAGAGAAUGUUUCUGGAACAUAGCCAUACAGCCUGGAAAACUCACAACAACCCAUACACUGUGAUGUUUGUGAAAGACAUCUGGAAAUGGUGGUAAGGAGAGAGCUGAGUUCUCUGUUUUAGGAAGCUACACCUAGACACAUCAGAUGACAUCCCAUCUAUCUUCCCAGAAAACUAGUUGAAUUCUAUAGUAGAGAUAUUAUUUGAGAAACAGAUUACAUUGCUGAGUAAAGCUAUUCUGUGGCCAGUGCAUUGCUAUUGCAGAGUAUAAACUAUGAACUGUUAUGUGGAGGAGAUAAGCUUCAACUGGGUGUGUAAUCCAGCCACAGAUAAAACCUUUCAGUAGUAGCAUUUGACUGGAGAGCGAGCCCAGUCAGCCCCCUCUGUGUGAAGUGUGGAAAGAUCUUAAUUUGGAAAGACAGAUUGUACAUAUCCUCUCCAAGACUGACUCAGUUGCCAAAGCUGGGCAUGCCUUCAUUUGGCCACAUAGGAUACCCAUGUUGAAAGCCACAUUGAUUUUGUUGGGUUAGUGCAGUGGUUCUCAACUUAUGGGUCUCCAAAUGUUUUGACCUUCAUCUUCCAAAAAUCCUAACAGCUGGUAAACUGGCUGGAAAACACCAGUUUAGUGGAACAUGCUUAUGAAAUCCAUUUGUCCUGAUUGGAUGGUGGCUCUCAUUUGAACUUGAGCUAGAAACGCAAUGGGGUAUGAGUAGGGUGGGAAGAUAAUGAGACCUGUACAGCAUCUAAUGUCUGCAAAGCAGCAGGGAAAAGAGAUGGAUAGCGAUGAAAGCUGAUUGAUGUACAUAGCUGUAAGAGCUUUAAUCUUUCCCCCUUUCACAGGGUCACAUGUAUGUGUGUACAUCUUUUGAGUAGAGAAUCUGGUGUUCUGAUUGUAGAAACAUUAGUGCCUUUUCUUGUAGACAUUUCCUUUUAUUUACUCAGUAGUCCUCCAAGUUGAGAAGAGAUUACACUUGAAAUCUAAAUGUUUGUGUGGAUUUUCCCCCACUUUGUGAAAUAUAUAAAGUGGAUCCAUCAAGAGAAACAUAAACUUGGUUCCGCGUGAUAUCAGAGCCGCAUGUGGCAUUCAAGGUUGGGACCUGCUCUCUUUGAGCAUUAGUUUGUGGUUUUCCUUAGAGAUAGAAUGGCAAACGUGAAUGUUAUGAAAUGUUUCCGAGGUGGUGGAUUCAAAGUAUGGUUUCUGUGGUCAUAAUCUGGUACUUAGCUUUAUAUACUCAGAUGUGAUGGGGUUGUGUGCAUGUUUCUCUGUGUGUUUACACAGUCGUAUUCAGAGUAGGUAGCAGAGUAAGAUUGUACUUUUUGCUUAGUAUACCCAUAAAGCUCACAAAUGUGCCAAAUUUUAAAUGUACAAGAACGUAUUUUUUCAGAAAACAAUAGCACAUGUGAAUGAAUAAUUUGAGUUCAUGUAUUAAUAUCUGUCAAAAUGUGUAGCAGUCUUUUGCAGUAUAGGCUUUUUUAUAUACAUUUCCUUCUCACUUUGUGGAUUUAAGUUAGUUGUCAACAACUGGACACCCCUGGACCAAAUGUGUCCCAGUGGUCAACUAAGGGCCAAAAGCAUGUAAAUUGUGAAUCAAUGACAACAA